ACUAACAAUUCAUAUGUGUUGGAAAGUAACCGAAGUCAUACACUACCAUGUGACAGUUCAUCAAAUAUAUAAGUUUUCGGCUCGAAACAAGUUGCUUUCAAAAUACAGUAUUUAAAUCCAACAAGAUCGAACACAGAUAAUGUCAUGUCUUUGAGCAAUUAAUUGAAAUACAUAAAAAUCAACUUUUUUGUUCACAACUCAUGCUCAUAUGAUUUUUCUUGCAUGUCGAUCACUUACACUACUAUCAAUAGUCGACGAAGAUGUCUUUUUCAUGAGAAUUAUUGACUGAAUGACCACAACAUUCUUUUCUGCCUCUGACGUAUCGGUCAAAAAAAAGAACUAAAAAAGCAGCGAUUAUAUAUAUAUAUAUAUGUGUGUGUGUAUGUAGUUGUUUAUAUCCGCGUACUGAAGAAACAUUGAUCGAUGAAUACGAAUAUGGAAUAUACAAAUGUUCAAUUGAUCGAUUUACCUAAUUAACUACUUCUGGUGAUUUUUAAGAAACUGAACAAUAUUGAAUUACUCUAUUCUCUUAUGGGUAUCAAUACACAAUUAGAUAGAAUUAUACCCGAUUCAGUCUUUACUAAAAACUUAACAUUGGUAAGAUAUUUUUCAAGUGAUCUUAUCUAUCCAUUGGUUGAUAAAGUACUCGAUCGAUUUUGCUCACAAAUAUUACCUCACAUACAUUCUAAAAUUAAUACACUUUAUCUUGAAUCAUUAUCUAUGGAACGCAUUCUUCGUGUUGCUGAUUAUCCUAAUUUACAUAGUCUUGGGCUUUACAAUAUUGAUGACAAGACUGGUGAACGUAUUUUUUCAGGUAAGAUAUUUCAUUUCGAUUGUUUUCAACCUUGCAAGCACACCAAGUAA